CCUGGCAACCCUGAGUGGUACGCAACAUCUUCCGUCGAAAAUGGCGGAGUACUAUCAUGUUUUUAGAAGGGCUUUAGCCCAGUUGGGAGGUCAUGGGGGUAUACGUGGAUUUCUUUUGCAAUUAGUGAGGGUUAAUGACGUGAAAACUGGAGCUCUAGUUGGAAUUGACAAGUAUGGAAACAAGUACUUCGAGGAUAAUCGUCAUUUCUUAGGUCGUAAUCGCUGGGUGAUCUACACCACAGAGAUGAACGGAAAGAACACCAUGUGGGAAGUUGACGGAAGCAUGGUGCCUUCUGAAUGGCAUCGCUGGCUUCACUGUAUGACUGACGACCCCCCGACCACACACCCCCCUGCUCCCAAGAAGUUCCUCGCUGAUAUCCACCAGUUCAAUACCAGUGGCUCGGCAGACAUGUACGUUCCCUACUCCACAACCCGGAAGAAGAUCCAUGAGUGGGUGCCCCCAAAGGCUGGGGCUCAGUGAACCCCUCUGUCCCUCUGUACAUUGUAAUUACCUGUUUAGAAAUUAAUAAAUAAAUUAAACCAACCUACAAAAA